AAAUGUGUGUUGGAGCGCUAGCCAAUAGAAGCUCAAGUGUUACAUAGUGGUUGAUAAACUUUCAUAAAUUGACGAAAUGUAUCUGUUAACAUCUCUGAACAUUUUGGGAUAUAUGUAUUUUUUAUAAUUUUGCCAAGAUUAAGACAGCUCUGUGAAGUAAGGCAGCUGAAAGACGCGGUGCAGUGGAACCUCUUCCCCUCUGCAGACAUGAUUCUCGGCAUGAUAAAGGAAUACGGCACAUAUCCGGAGUACUGGGAGCAGAAAGUCGAAACAAACCAUGAGCUGGACAUGACCUCUCUGCCUGUCACCCGCAUCAAAAGACAUGCGCCGCUCAACACGUACAACAAGGAGUUCAUGAGAUUGAAACACGACAGACAACAGUCCAAGGACUUCAUUCAGGACAAUAUUAAAAAGGUGCAGGUGGAGAGUGAGCGCUUGCAGAAGCAGGAGGCGGCUGUGAUAAAGAUGGAUCAGUCUGCAGAAAGACCAACACACAACUACAGCAUCCAGACCUACAACUCCACUGAGCUAGAGAAGGAGCUGCUGCGCAAAGAAAUGGCUAUGGUGCCAGGGCGCAGGUUCACCUACAGCCAGCAGUACCAAAGUGCUACAGUAGAACAAGGAGAAGUCACUCUGAAGAAAGACUCAAACUCCACCGCUGCCGCCACACUUUGGCUCAGAAGUCUGAGCAGUGACAAGUCCACGAGACAUCCCAAACACCCAGAUGAGGCUCGAGUGGAGGAGCUGAGGAAGCCAUGGAGGGAGAACAUCCUUCAUGCCGACCUAUUAAAGCAGACACUUUCAAGGGACGUUUGGGGCUGGAGCCGGCGCUGUGAGGACUUCCACCUCCUCAGCAAACCUCCACCUGUGUUCACCCCGACAUCCAUUAACCUGGCAGGAGAGCGUCUCCAUCAGGAGCAGCUGGAGGCGGCUCGGACUCAGUACUGUCGCUGGAUGAAGAAACUGCUUCCUGAAGGCAGAAGUUACCCAGCAUGCAACAGCCACAUCCCAGAGUUCAAGUGUCUUAUUGGAGGAAACUCAGAGAGGAUUCAGGAAAUACUGAAGGAUGAGCCCGAUAGGUAUUCACUGAGGAAAGGCAUGGCGCUGAAGCCUUUCCCUGAACUCUCUGUGAUGAACCUGGACGACAGUAAAGAUGAGAGGAAGAGGAGAGGGGCUCUGGCUCCAGGACCCUGUGUGGACUGCAGCCUCAGCAGCAAACACAACGCCAUCGAGAGACACACCUCUCUGUACAACAAGUACCACUACAUGAGCUUCAAAAAGCAGCCUUCGUUUCUGUACAAGCGGACCGCCCUGCCUCUGACGGACAAGGAGAAGAGCAUCUUCACUUUUCAGAAGUAUGCACCCAGCAUGAAGACACAAACAUCAUCUGAGCAGCACUAAACUCUAAGAGCACUUUGAAUAAAACUCAUAUAAUUCCAUCUGAGGGGUUAUCCUUGAAGCCAUGGUUAAUAAAAUACAGUAACUA